CUGGAAUCAUAUCAUAUUAUUAUUAAUUUUUCAAUAUAGAUCGAUAAUAAUGGCUCGUCCUCACCCAUCGGACGAUGGUCACACGCUAGUGAACUCGACGGUGGUCGCCAUUGACAAAGACAAGAACAGUCACUACGCUGUUCGUUGGGCCGUCGAUCAUCUCUUCAAUAUGGUCACUAAUGCCAAGAUGAUUCUAGUCCAUGUUCGUCUCAAAAAUUCUAAUCAUGGAGGAAACAUUGAUGAUAAUGAAUUAAAUCAGCUUUUUGUUCCAUACAGAGGUUAUUGUGCACGAAAAGGGAUUUCAAUGAUUGAGGUUAUUCUAGACGAUACCGACGUUGCGAAAGCAGUUUUGGAUUACGUGAACAAUAACCUUGUGACCAACCUUGUGUUGGGAUCAUCCUCAAAGAGCCCAUUUGCAAGAUCUCUCAAAUUCACUAAGUCACAUGACGUUGCAUCUUCCGUUCUCAAAGCAACGCCUGAGUUUUGUUCAAUCUAUGUCAUUUCUAAAGGCAAAGUUCACUCUUCAAGAACAGCUCAAAGGCCUAUCACCAAUACUCUUGUCCCUCCUCGUGCACCUUCUUCUACAUUUCAUCUACCUGACCCUGACCAUGUUCAUUCACCUAGGGGUCAGCGUAAUGCGAGAAACACAGUUCCAGAGAGGUAUUCCCAUGAUAAUAAGGGCUUCAAACCAGUGAGAGAAAUGCACAAAAUUCCUACAAAUGGUUCAUUGGACUUCAAUUAUGAGUUUAGGCAGGCAAAGGGUCAAAGGAACUCCACAGGAAGAAGUUCAUUUUCUGAUGAUGCUGAUGUUGGGUCUAUGAUGAUGAUGGGUUCUAUUGACCUAAGUGCUGAAAAUUUUGAUAUGGUUGGUGCAUCGGGUUCUUCUGAUGAGUCAGUUUCGCAAUCAACGAGGGAUAUUGAAGCUGAAAUGAAAAGGCUAAAGAUUGAACUCAAGCAGACUAUGGACAUGUAUAGCUCAGCCUGCAAAGAAGCUCUUAAUGCGAAAAAGAAAGCAAAUGAGCUUAAUCAGUGGAAAAUGGAAGAAGCUCGAAGAUUUGAGGAAGCUAGGAAUGCUGAAGAGGCAGCUUUAGCUGUUGCGGAAAUGGAGAAGGCCAAGUGCAGAGCGGCGCUGGAAGCAGCUGAGAAAGCGCAGAGAAUGGCAGAGUUGGAAGGACAAAGAAGGAAGCAAGCAGAGAUGAAAGCAAGAAGAGAAUCGCAGGAGAAAGACCGUGCUCUUAGUGCUUUGGUACAGAACGAUGUCCGUUACAGAAAAUACUCUAUUGACGAGAUUGAAGUGGCUACUGAAAGGUUUGCAAACAACAGAAAAAUAGGGGAAGGCGGAUAUGGACCAGUGUAUCAUGGCACACUUGAUCACACUCCUGUUGCCAUUAAAGUCUUGAGACCUGAUGCUGCUCAAGGAAAGAAACAAUUUCAACAAGAAGUCGAGGUUCUAAGUAGCAUAAGACAUCCUCACAUGGUUCUUCUUCUUGGUGCGUGUCCAGAAUAUGGGUGUUUGGUGUAUGAGUUCAUGGACAAUGGGAGCUUAGAGGAUAGACUCUUUCGUAGAGGAAACUCGCCUCCUCUUUCAUGGAGGAAAAGGUUUCAAAUAGCUGCAGAGAUAGCUACCGCACUUUCCUUCCUUCACCAAGCAAAGCCAGAGCCUCUGGUUCAUCGUGACCUAAAACCUGCCAAUAUACUUCUAGAUAAAAACUACGUGAGCAAGAUCAGUGACGUUGGAUUAGCUCGGUUAGUACCUGCGUCAGUGGCUAACACAGUGACGCAAUACCACAUGACAUCUGCAGCAGGAACGUUCUGUUACAUAGACCCGGAGUACCAGCAAACGGGCAAGUUAACCACGAAAUCAGACAUAUUCUCAUUAGGGAUAAUGCUGCUUCAGAUCAUCACUGCAAAGAGUCCAAUGGGUUUGGCUCAUCAUGUGUCGAGGGCAAUCGAUAAAGGAACUUUCAAGGAUAUGCUUGACCCGGUCGUGCCUGAUUGGCCUGUCGAAGAAGCUUUAAAUUUUGCUAAGUUGUGUCUAAGAUGUGCAGAGCUAAGGAAGAGAGAUAGACCAGAUCUUGGAAAAGAAAUAGUUCCAGAGCUUCUCCGAUUAAGAAGCUUGGGGAAGGACAAUGAACCAGGAUGCCAUAAAUAACAAUCGGGUCUGAAGAUCAUAUACUUGUUAAAUCUUUCAAGACUUUUGUGAGGAACUGAAUAGAGAGAUUGCUUGCUUCUCAAGAAAGAAAGUAAGAAAGUGGUAAGUGAAGU